AUGGGCUCACUGUCAGGGCUCCCCCAACAUCAUCACAUUGGUGGAUUCUACGCCGUCAAUCCAACCGACCUAUUUUCUACCCUCACUUGUCCCAAAACAGCACCCCUAACCGCCAAGCACCCACACCUUGCUCCCUGGUCCCCAUCCCUGCUUCCCACCACGUCUACGGAGUGGGUGCCGGCUCCCUCCCCCAGGGCUGGGAGCGAGGAGCUGGGGGACGUGUUAGAUAAGCCCUUGGAGAAUGAUGCAGAGGGCGUAUGGAGCCCCGACAUCGAGCAGAGCUUCCAAGAAGCCCUGGCCAUCUACCCGCCCUGUGGCCGCAGGAAGAUCAUCCUCUCUGACGAGGGCAAGAUGUACGGACGGAACGAGCUGAUUGCACGCUACAUCAAACUUCGCACUGGAAAAACGCGGACCAGGAAGCAGGUGUCUAGUCACAUCCAGGUUCUAGCACGACGGAAGGCCCGGGAAAUCCAGGUGAAGCUGAAGGUACGCUACGACCAGGCUGCCAAAGACAAGGCGCUACAGAACAUGGCCACCAUGUCUUCAGCCCAGAUCAUCUCGCCCACUGCCUUCCAGAAUAAGAUGGCCCUCCAGGGGCUCUCCAGGCCGGCUUACCCCACAACUGGUGGGUUUUGGCACGGGGCUCUUCCAGGACAGCCAGGAGGCCAUGAAGACAUUAAGCCCUUCUCCCAGCAGAGUUACGCCAUGCAAGCGUCCGGCCCAGCCCCCAUAACAGGUUAUGAAAGCACUGCAGGGCUGUCCAUGUCACCUGGUGCCCCCCCUUGGCAGGGGAGAUGUAUCGCCAGCUCCAAGCUGCGGAUGCUGGAGUUCUCCGCUUUCCUGGAGCAACCUCAAGAUCCUGAGACUUUCAACAAACACCUUUUCGUGCACAUUGGCCAGUCGAACCCCAGCUACAGUGACCCCUACCUGGAGUCAGUGGACGUAAGGCAGAUCUACGACAAGUUCCCUGAGAAGAAAGGAGGCCUGAAAGAGCUCUUCGACAAAGGGCCGCACAACGCGUUCUUCCUCGUCAAAUUCUGGGCGGACCUGAGUGUGAACCUGCAGGAUGACAGCAGCUUCUUCUACGGUGUUUCCAGCCAGUACGAGAGCUCCGAGAACAUGAUUAUUACCUCGUCCACCAAGGUCUGCUCCUUUGGCAAGCAGGUGGUGGAGAAAGUGGAGACAGAGUACGCCCGCUUCGAGAAUGGCCGAUACAUGUUCCGGAUCCAUCGCUCCCCUCUGUGCGAAUACAUGAUUAACUUCAUUCACAAGCUCAAACACCUGCCAGAGAAGUACAUGAUGAACAGCGUUCUGGAGAACUUCACUAUCCUUCAGGUGGUGUCCAAUCGGGACACUCUGGAGACGCUGAUGUGUGUGGCCUACGUCUUCGAAGUGUCCACGAGCGAGCACGGCGCCCAACAUCACAUCUACCGGCUGGUCAAGGACUGA